GAGAGAAAAGUUGUUAUAGACAAUACUAGCCAUGAGCUCACAGUAAUGUUUGAACUGUCGUGUGAAAUGGAGUUUCCGGAAGAUCAGUAUUUUAAAAUAAAUCGUGUUUUGCUAUCAUUAGUUGGCCUUUGGCCAUAUGAAGAUUUAAAAGUCAGGCAUUUUCGUUUCAUAUUAUCUGUACUAAUAAUGAUAACGUUUAUAGGUACUCAGAUUAAAGAAUUCCGGGAACGCCUUCGAAAUAAUUGGGAUGCUUUGAAAGAUAAGGAAGAAAUCGAGAUAAUAUGUAAACAUGGAAACACCGGAAAAUUAUUUACAAUAUUUAUAGCAGUAUUGGUCUAUAGCAUUUUGUUCCUAUACAUCUCCCAAUAUAUAUCAGUCUUACUCAAUAUUGCAAUAUCUUUAAAUGAAUCUGGUCCGCGUGAACUUCUUUUUCCAGCGGAAUAUUUCAUCGAUCAACAGAAAUACUUUUAUGUCAUAACAAUACAUGUAUCUCUGGGACUGCUUGUUAUAGGAACCACUGGUAUAGCUACUGAAUCAUUCUCAUUAGCGAACGCAUUACACGCUUUCGGAUUAUUUAAAAUUGCAAGUUAUCGUAUGAAAAAAGUAUUAGACGGAAUUAAUCGGACAGACAUGUGCCUAAAUAAAGAAUAUGCUAGAUCUUGUAAUAAAAUAAUUGCUGCAGUGGACUUCCAUAAAAGAGCGAUCGAAUUUUCUGAAUUAUUAAAAGGAAGUUUUGGGCGGAUGUAUUUAGCCAUGUUUGUGGGAUGUGUGUGUUCUAUAGGUGUGAAUUUAUCUACUAUAUCUCGGUUACUAAUAAUGGAAAAAGAAAUAUUUUUUAUUAUAAAAUAUGUUUUAUGUAUAAUCUUAAGUCUUACGUGUUUAACUCUAGCUAAUUAUGCUGGGCAAGAAUUUAUAAAUUCUGAUACGCAUGUAUAUCGUACGAUAUGCAAUAUGAAAUGGUAUAAUGCCUCAUUGAAAACACAAAAAUUGAUACUUUUUUUGAUACAAAAGACUACAAAAUGUUAUAAGGUGGAUGCGGGUGGUAUGUUCAGUCCUUGCUUGGAAGGUUUGACUACAGCUGUGAGUAUGUCGGUUUCUUAUUUUAUGGUUCUUCGCUCCACAUUUUAA